AUGAGCUUGGCCGCGUCUGUCCAGGCGGCUCCAGCGAUCGACGUUCCUUCAGACGCCGAGCCAACGGCCCCCCCAGCCUCUUCAAGCAGUCCGCCGACUGGGGCCCCCAUUCCGGGGGUCCACUCCACGGAGGCACCCAUAGUCGAGAGGGGGAGGAGAAGGAAGUCGGUGGCCCAUAGGGUGAGUGGCCGUCGGGCCGCCGCUGACGAGUCCCUCAGCUCCGAAGAAGAGCCGGAGAACCCCUUCAAUGACAGGGACCUGAUCAAGCGGUUGAUCGACGGCUGCAUUCUGCUUGAGGUCAUCAAGAGGAUCGAUCGCGCCGAUCCCGAGCAGCGGGUUUGGGACUCCCUGGGAUCCUUUCUCAAGAUUGGGCACCAACUCCUCGCCAACAUCGAGGCGAUAAAUCGGGCGAGGAGGGAUGCCAUCCAGGCAGAGGAGCAUCGUCGGGCUGAAGUCGCCCACCUCAGGGAAAAGACUGCUGAAGUAGUUGCCCUCCAAGAGGCCCUGGAGAAAGAGAAGCAGGCCCAGGAGGAGAAGAAACAGACCUUGGAGGACACGGUGAGAACGGCGGAGGUCGGGAUCGCCAAUUUGAUGGAGCAGAUUCCAGUCUUGGUCUCGGAGGCCGGGGGUCUUGCGGUAGAGGAGUUCAAGGCCUCCGCAGAGAUGAGAGACCUGAAUGUCCGAUUUGGCUAGGAAGCAUUCAUCAAGGGGUUCGAGCUCUGUCAGGAGAAGGUGGCCAGGAAAUUUCCCGAGCUCGACCUCAACUUCUUGGGCGAGGAGUCUGAAGAUGAGGCCGGGCCUUCUCC